AAAAUUUAGAAAAUUAUCUACAGGGAGCGGUGGGAAGUGAUGGUUGAGAAUUCCAACCAACCAAACACACAAAAGUACCAAUACAAGUCUACCACCCCACAUCUACAUUCCUAACACUCACAGCCUUUAAAACCCCCCUUUCCUAUGUACUAAAAUUUCCAAAUAUUGCCUGAGAAAAUCCCAAACCAACCAUGGCCAAGACCAAGGGGAUCUGUGCCCUUCUGCUAAGGGCUUUGGCCUUGGCCGCGACAGUCGUGGCAGCCAUUGUGAUGGUCACAAGUCAUGAGAAAUCUACCUUGUUUACUGUUACUUUCGAAGCAAAGUAUAGUCAUACACCGGCAUUCAAGUAUUUCUUGGUUGCAAAUAUCAUUGGAGCUGUGUACAGCUUUAUGGUUCUUUUCCUUCCUGCAGAGAGUAUGCUCUGGCGAUUAGUUGUUGCCUUGGAUGUUGUGAUCACCAUGUUACUCACAUCAGGCAUGUCAGCAGCCUUGGCAAUAGCUUAUGUGGGGAAGAAAGGGAAUACAUAUGCUGGUUGGCUUCCCAUUUGUGAUCAAGUUGAAAAGUACUGUCAACAUGUUGGAGGAGCUAUUGCCGCUGGCUUUGCUGGAGUCAUAAUCUAUCUCUUGCUUCUUCUCUACUCCAUCCACAAUGUCCUCAAUCCUCUGCUUGUUUAGAAACAGUUCUUCGAACUUCGAGUGAUUCUCGGUUCAAUUUUUAGAUGCGAUUGUUGGGAGACAGAUGAUGAUUAUGACAACUGCGAAGAUUUUAGAGGUUGAAUUAAAGAUCCGCAGAACGUUAUGUAUUUUGAUUGUUUAGUUUGAUUGAUGAUUUUGUUGGUUGUAUGUGUAGUAAUUUUAAGUACACUGUGAAUUAAAGAGUGUAGAAUAAAGAAAAGUGUGAUGUUAAUUGGCAAGUAUUUGAGAAUUCAUGUAUGAUUUGGAAAAUGUCAUAUUCAAGUGUUUUUUUUUU